AUGUCGCAGAACCGCGGGCAAUCGCUUAGGCGAAGGACGCCUCCUCCGACACUAACCAUUGGUUACGGGCCACACUCCCAUGUCAUAGUACCACGAUUUAUCCAGUAUGCUUGCGAACAACGUCGAUUCGAGACUUUCGCCGGCUGGACGGGUCCUCCAACGUUACCACGAGACCUGGCCGCUUCGGGGUUCUUUUACAUUGGCGUCGGAGAUCAAGUAACGUGCUAUGAGUGUGCGGUACGAAUUGGCCGAUGGGAAGAGGGCGAAGACCCGGUAGCCAGCCAUCGACGUUGGCAGCCCAAUUGCCGGUUCGUUCAAACUCUACCUAUCGUCGAUAUAACAUUAACUCCAGUCCCAGCCCCUAUGCCAGCUGAGCAACCCGGACGGGGGAGUCUCCUCAUGGACGGGAAUUAUUUUGUUAUACCUGACCCUCCCGCCGAACAGAGUUCACCCAAGGUCCCACAAUUCCUCAAACUUGGGCACCUGAAUCUGGCGAAACCACGGGGCCCCAUGUAUCCCGAAUGUUCGAGCUACGAACGAAGACUUGAAAGCUUUCACGACUGGCCAACCACUUAUCUCCAAUCCAAGGAACGGUUAGCGGAAGCCGGAUUCCUGUACGCCAAUUGUAACGACCAGACCCUGUGCUUCCACUGUGGUGGGGGACUAAAAUAUUGGAUAAAGGAAGAUGACCCAUGGGUCGAGCAUGCGAAAUGGUUUAAUAAAUGUUAUUGGUUAUGGUCAGUAAAGGGCCAGUCAUUCAUCGAUCGUGUUCAAGAACAAAUGGGCAUUCCAAUACUCCCUGAAGAAGAUAAUUGUUUCAGAAUUUAA